UAUUUCUUCUCCCCAAAUUAGAAUUCUAACCUAUUUCAUUAUAAUUUUUAUACUUUCAAAAGUUGAAGAUUACGGUUCCAAAAAUCAGAGAUAUUGCAUGUGCAGAUUCUUGCGAGAUUCGCGCAAUCCGUUUCUCCAUUCAGUCAUCCGUUUCCAUUUAUUUCAAACUUCCCAUUUUCAGUUGUUUUUCAUAUUUUGAAUUAGGAAUGGUGUCAACUAGGUCAGCUUCCAAAAAUUCACCCCCUCAAAAAAUGAAGAAAUCAACAUCUAGUCCGAGUUCUAGCAAAAGAAAAAUUGAGUUUAAUACAAUUCCGGCGACAAUGAAGAAUCGUCGAAAGGCUGUGCGUGAAGAUGACGACAGUGACUUCGAGGAUUUUGAUAUCCCUCCGAAGAAGAUGGAUAUGCCUGUUUCAUAUGCGGGUUUGCCUAAAAAGGAGGAUGUUGCUGGAGAUGUUUCAUCCUCAGAAGCUACCCAAAGUAUGCUAUCCAAGAAAUCUGAUGACGGAGACCAUGAUGCUGUGGAGACACCUAAAGAUGUUUUUGAAUCUGGUACACCAAAGGAGGAUCUUUGUUUACCGCUGCAGCUGUUAUGACUAUGGUGGAAAUUGAUUUGCAACUGCUGGUUUGAUUUUUUAGUCCGCACAGCCUGCACUCUUGGUGUUUGAAGAAAUGCUUAUGAGAAUAAAACGGUUAUGUAUGUAAUGUUUAGGUGUUGGUUAACCAAUGGUUAAUAUUGGGUAAACCGUUGGUUAACUUGUAAUAAUUAUGGACAGAUGAAGAUUGAUAUAAACAUUGACAGCGACGAGGAGCUUGAACCAAAACCAAAAUUGAAGACUGGUAGAUUGAAGAAAAACUUUGAAUAGAUUGUAAUAUAGUUGUUACUUUAGAUGUUUUUGAAAUUUUUGUUUGUGUUUCAAACACACUUGGAUAGU